AUGCACUCCCGUGCCAGUUUAUUCUGCCCAGUCGACAACACCGCACGCCUCUUCAACCACCACCAAACCAGCAAGGCCACGACUAUCAUUAGUAUAAUUCCCACAACGGUCGGCCAGGUUAUUAUAGCAACCAAAUUCUCUCUCCAGCCUGAAUUCGGCUUCUUCUUCUUCCCUAAGGUUAGGCUCAAUCCCUGCUUCUUCAGAAUGUCCCGCUGGGGUCCGAUUUACCUCCCUCAGCCUUCGAAGGGCCUUCACCUUCUUGUCUGGGACAGCAACACAUUACAGGUGAAGUCUGGCCCUUCCUGCAGCAAACAGUAUACCUGUGCUUUUCUCCUUCCUGUAUGUUCUCUCCCUUCUCGCUUUCUCGACAACCGGGAUGUGAGAGUCGGAGACAGGAGUUCAACUUUUUCUCGGGGCUCCCAUUUCUAUCUAGGGGCCCUCCUGGAUGGGGGUUGUUCCGUUCGGUGUGGUCCAUCUUUCUCCUGCGAGGACAGGUUCGUCUCAGGUGACCCGCUCCUCCACAGCGCCAACACCUUCGCUCCUUACAACUGGCCGAAAAGUGCCCGACCACACCACAUGUCCAGCAUCUCAGAGCCACACCUAUUUUUCUUUUCGAGGGCAGUAGUAUCCAUUCGUAAUUAUCCUUUCUCCUCCCUUCUUUCCUUUUCCCAACCCACUUUAUUUCAAUUUUCUUUACUUUCAUUUCUUAUCACGGCUGCUCUUUCUCCUAAUUUGCUUCUUUGUGUUUAUUGA